AUGGAUUCACAGAAUUAUGAAAGUUUAACUGAUCCACAUUUAAAUGCAUAUUUUAAUAAUAAACGUAUUCGUCGACAUUUAAUAAAAGCUGGCUUAAUCAAUCGUCGUGGUCAUAUUCUAUCGUCUCCAUCUUAUGAAGUUGUACUUGCUCGACGAACGAAACGUAGAGAAGAAAAAGCAAAAUUAUCACAUAUGAUUGUUAAUUAUGUCGUAGAAGACGAACAAAAACGUCAAGCAUUUCUUCGUAAUCAAUUUGAUUUUGCUAUAAAACGUGCUCGAGUACAAAAAAUUCGAGAAUCAAGACAUCCACAAAAACGAUCUAUGCUAAAUGGUUUAGUUCAUGUUACUAAACGUUCCGGAAGUAGGAAUGCUCGUACACCAUCCCCAACUUAUCGCAAACGUUCGUCAGUACGAGCUAAAUCAGCUGGUCAUCCACCAAUAAAUGCAAAAAAUCAAUUAGUUCGUCGUCCAACUACGGCCAAGUAUACAUCAAAUAAUGACUAUUGUGAGGUAACAAUGAUUUAUUACGGACCACAAGCAAUUAUUGAUCAUAAAAACAAUUGGUUUCACCCAAAUGGUGAUGAAAUCAUGGUAAUGCAACAACAUUGUGGUGGUGAAAAUCUUAUUGUUUUUAAAGGGUUUGUUAAACCAAAUGAAAUAUUCAAUUUUGAAUCUCGUCGUCAUCCAGAAUAUCCAUUUGCUGUAGCUCUAUACAUCAAUGGUCUUAUUGAUAGUCGAAUAUCUGUCUGUUGUGAAUAUAAACAUAAAUAUAAUGUUCGAUUAGGUAGUAAAUAUGGUUUAUUUGGUAUAUAUAAUGUUCAAAAAUCACAACCGUGUCGAAGUUGUCGAUUUGAAAAACGCAUAAAAGAAAUAUUACCAACAUCAUCAAAUAUUAUUAAUCCAUCUUCUUAUCGAAAAUCAGUUGUACCAAGUGUUCUAUCAACAAAUGAAUUUUAUUCUGCAGCUUUACUUCGAACACCAAGUCCAUCUUCAGAAAAAGAAGAAGAACCAUUAGAAAAAGGAUUGAAUCGUGUUUCUACUGUUGCUCAAGUUUACAAUGAUGAAUGGCUCGAAAAAGAUAUAGAUCGUCGUUCAUCGUUGAGUUCAUCUACAAAUGAAAUUGUUGAUCGUCCGUUGAGUUCUAAUGAUUAUCCAGAAAAACAACGCCACUCCUCUACAUCAUCUUCAUCAUCAUCAUCGAGUAUAAGUGAAAUUAGUCAUCAUUCUGUUAAAGAUGAAUCUGAGUCUCAUCACUCUUCAAUAUCUUCCACCGAUCAACAACAACAACCAGUUGAUACAUAUGAUCAAAAUUUGCUCGAGGCGGAUACUACCUCAAGUAAUGAUGAUAUCAAAUCAAAUUCUUCAUCUAAACAAAAGAGGCAUACUGAAGAAGAACAAUCAUCAGCAACUCAAUCUGACAAAAAUCCUGUACGACAAUACCAUUCAAUGGAGAAUAUAAUUGUUGUUUGGCUUGACGCAACAGUAGAUAAUACUGAUGACGCUACAAUUAAGUCGCAAGUUCAAUUGCGUCAAAUAGCACGUACUAUACGAACAUUUAGUGAUCCAGAAAAAUGUAUUCAAUGGGUUAAAGAAGUAAAAAAUGAAAAAAUUUUUCUAAUUGUUUCUGGUCGUCUCAGUGAAAAUAUUCUUGAGAAAGUUGAUCCUUAUGCUCAACUUGCGGUUAUUUAUAUAUUUUGCCUACAAAGUUCCAAAUACGAAUAUUUAAUUGAUAAAUAUACUAAAUUAAAAGGUGCUUAUACAGAUAUAUCGACAAUAUGUGAACAUUUAAAAAUUGAUUUUAAACAAUGGGAUAAUGAUUUAAAUACAUUCCAAACAACGUCAUUAAUUGAUAUGAAACAAUUAAACUCAGAACAAUUACAAUUUAUUCAACAUCAAUUAUUUAAAGAAUAUUUACUUGAGAUUGAAUAUGAUAAAGAUACUAUUCAUGAUUUAGUUGAAUAUUGUGAAAAUCUUUAUGCUGAAAAUACUGAAGAAUUAGAAUUAAUAAAACAAUUCGAAAGUGAAUAUGAACCAAAUGAUGCAUUACAUUGGUAUACAAAAGAUUGUUUUGCUUAUCAUAUGCUAAAUAGAGCAAUUCGAAUGAAAGAUAUUACAAUUCUUUUUCAAAUGAGCUUUUUUAUUCGUGAUAUUAAUCAACAGUUAGAAGAAGAUUAUUCAACAACGAAGCAAAAAUCAACAUUAACUUUAUUUCGUGGUCAAGGGUAA